AUGCUCAAGCUGCUGGGAGGCCGCCUGGCGCGCCGGCCGUGGCGAUUCCUCUUCCCCGCGCUGCUGCUCUUCUUCUUCCUCUACACGCUGACGCACCGCCGCAGCGCGCGGCCAGGCGACCCGCCGCCGGUGCACAAGGCCAAGACCAAGUCCUUCUUCCCGCCGCUCGAGACCAAGAGCGCAAACAGCAUCGAGCUCGACUACUGCCAAAACUUCCCCAAGGACCUGCUGGACGAGAUCCAGGUCGUGCUCAAGGUGUCGUCGGGCGAGGGCUCGGCCACCAAGGCCCACCUUAGCACCGUGUCGAGCUGCAUCACCAACCUCAUCAUUGUCGGCGACCGCGAGGAGCGAUUGGGCGACCGCCACGUCAUCGACAUCCUCGCCGAGCUGCCCAAGACGUACGAAGCCAACAAUCUCGACUUCCAGGCCUAUGUCGAGCAGAAGAAGGCCCACACCGAGGGCGAGACGGUCAAGGAGUCGCAGCGCAGCUUCAAGCUGGACCGCUUCAAGUACCUGCCCAUGGUCGACAAGGCCUACACGGCGAACCCCAAGGCCAAGUGGUUCGUCUUCCUCGAGUCCGACGUCUACUUCUUCUGGGACACGCUGUUCCGCCUGCUCAGCCAGCUCGACGCCGCCUCGCCCCACUACCUGGGCGAGCCGCACAAGGGCAGCGACGGCCGCUACUUUGCCUAUGGCGGCGCCGGCUUCGUCCUCUCCCACGGCCUGAUGAAGAAGCUCAUCCCGCCCAAGACGGCCUCCGCCCUCGACAUCCCCCGCGAGAGUCGCCUGAGCUACCGCUACGAGGACUGGGUCAAGGAGGAGGCUCGCGGCGACGCCGUCCUGUCCUACGCCAUCCAGAACGCCACCGGCGUCAAGAUGGCCGCCCUGCACCCCACCUUCUCCAGCUACCAGCUCAAGGACAUCGAGACCACCCGCGAGCGCUGGUGCUACCCCCUGCUCUCGCUGCACCAGCUCAAGCCUGAGCAGAUGGAGAAUCUGUGGAAGUGGGAGCGCACGCGGCCCUUCAACACAAAACCUUUCACCUACUCCUCCCUCCUCUCGUACACACAUUCCUUCCUCUCCCAAGGCCCCUCCCGCGAAUGGUGGGAUAACCUGUCCACCGCACCCGUGCCCAAUGACCGCCCCGCCCAUCGCAACGCCGGCUCCUGCGGCUCCGAAUGCGCCAACGACCCCAACUGUCUGCAGUGGUCUUUCUCCCAGACUGUCUGCCGGCAUGCCGACUUUAUCAAGCUAGGCAACUCCGUUGACCGAGAGAAUGGAGGCCAGGGCGAAUUCGUGUCAGGCUGGGACACAGGCACACUGCGGAAACUGGGCUUUGGUGCCGAGGGAGAAAAGGGCGAGCGCCUAUUUUACGAGGGCUGUGUCGAGGCUACAUGGCUGACUCCCACGGUCCAUUGA